ACAAGAGAAGUGAGAAAAGAAGAGAGAGCGCAGCCAGUUUUAACGAAUUUCAUACGCUCUUGCUAUCUAUAAAACCCAAGUUUUGGCUCCCAAACAACCCCACGCUUCUUCACUCUUUGUCCCUCAAACACACCAAGUAGAAGCCAAACACAAGACAACAAAAUAUUCAGGGUCAGCAAUGGAGAGUGACGCAAACACCCUCUCUUCCUCUCCCACAUUCUCUCACUCCUCCAAUACCCUUUCUUCUUCUUCCCCUCCCCAACUUGUCAUGACCCCUUGUGCUGCAUGCAAAAUCCUUAGGCGAAGAUGUGCUGAGAAAUGUGUGUUGGCACCUUAUUUCCCUCCCACCGAACCCGCCAAGUUCACCACUGCUCACAGAGUCUUCGGUGCCAGCAAUAUAAUCAAGUUCUUACAGGAACUUCCGGAGUGUCAGAGAGCUGAUGCAGUGGCGAGCAUGGUUUACGAGGCUGGUGCAAGAAUAAGAGACCCUGUAUAUGGAAGUGCAGGUGCAAUUUGCCAGCUCCAAAAGCAAGUGAAUGAACUUCAAGCACAGUUAGCAAAGGCACAAGCUGAGGUUGUAAACAUGCAAUUCCAACAAGCCAAUCUCGUGGCUCUAAUUUGCAUGGAAAUGUCACAGACUCCACAGGAAUCACCCCAACAAUCCGUCGACAAUUUCAUCACAAGUCCUUCCCACAGCAGUGGCUAUCAGAACAAUCUCAGUUUCUUUGAGGAUAACACCAACCUAAACUCUCUAUGGGAGCCUCUUUGGACAUGAUUAUCAUGAACCAGAUUUAUACUAGACAUUUCAUAAAUGUUCCCAUGACAUUCUCCUAAGGAGAGGUUCAAGGAAUCAAGUAGAACUAAUAAAUUAUAAAAGUAACUUUGGCAGCUAUAACUCAUGGGUAGGAAGAUUUUGGAGAAAUUAAUGGUCUUGCUUUGCACAAUGUUGGCAAAGUGAUGGUUUUUUUUGAAACAUGUAAUGGUUUCAAUAUUGAAGAAAACAGGGGAAGUGUUAUGCUUUCGUGUGUUUGUAUGCACUGGUAUUUUAAAUCUGGAACACUUUUUUUGGUCACCUACCAUAAUCAUUCAAAAA